AUGCUUCUCUUCCUUUUCGCUUCCCUCCUCUUCUUUCCUUCACCUUCCCUUUCUCUAAACCAAGAAGGCCUUUACCUCCAACAAAUCAAGCUCUCUCUUUCAGACCCAGACUCGGUUCUCUCUUCAUGGUCCGACAGAGAUACCACUCCAUGUUCAUGGUUCGGUAUCGAAUGUGACCCAGCAACAAACUCUGUCACUUCCAUAGACUUGUCCAACACUAACAUAGCUGGCCCUUUCCCUUCCCUCCUCUGCCGUCUCCAAAACCUUACUUCCCUGUCCUUCUUCAACAACUACAUCAACUCCACUCUCCCUGCAGAUAUCUCCACGUGUCAAAAUCUCCAGCACCUUGAUCUUUCUCAAAAUCUACUCACAGGCACUCUCCCUCACACCUUAGCUGGCCUUCCUAACCUCAGAUACCUUGACCUUACCGGAAACAAUUUCUCAGGAAACAUUCCCGAUACUUUCGCACAUUUUCAGAAACUCGAGGUUAUUUCUCUCGUUUUUAAUCUCUUCGACGGUAUUAUACCGCCUUUUUUAGGCAACAUUAGUACUCUCAGAAUGCUCAAUUUAUCGUACAACCCUUUCACGCCGGGUCGGAUCCCUCCCGAAUUUGGUAACUUGGCAAACCUGGAAAUUUUGUGGCUCACUGAGUGUAAUUUAAUUGGCGAAAUCCCCGACUCACUGGGUCGACUCAAGAAACUCAUCGAUUUGGACCUUGCAAUCAACAAUCUUGCCGGUUCCAUACCGAGUUCACUCACUGAACUGACCAGCAUAGUCCAAAUCGAGCUCUACAACAACACAUUGACGGGUGAACUGCCUCGGGGGAUGGGAAAGCUUACUGAGUUAAAGAGACUCGACGCGUCAAUGAACCAAUUGUCUGGGUCGAUUCCAGACGAGUUGUGUCGGUUGCCGCUAGAGAGUCUCAAUCUCUACGAGAAUGGCUUUACAGGAACUUUGCCUCCAGCCAUAGCUGACUCACCGAACUUAUACGAACUCAGGCUGUUUCGAAACGGGCUCACUGGCGAGUUGCCUCAAACUCUCGGCAAAAACGCGCCAUUAAGAUGGCUAGACGUGUCGAACAAUCACUUUUCCGGCCAAAUCCCGGCAAGUUUAUGUGAAAGUGGCGAGUUAGAGGAGAUUUUGAUGAUACACAACUCGUUUUCAGGUCAAAUACCGGAAAGUUUGAGUCAAUGCCAGAGUUUGACCCGAGUCCGGUUGGGCUAUAACCGGUUAUCCGGCGAAGUGCCAACUGGGUUUUGGGGGUUGCCUCAUGUUUCGUUGUUUGAUCUUGUUAGUAAUUCGUUUUCGGGUUCGAUUUCGAAAACAAUUGCUAGCGCUGCAAACUUGUCUAUGUUGAUUAUUGAUAGGAAUAACUUUGUUGGGAACUUACCGGAGGAAAUUGGUUUUCUAGUGAACCUAGCUGAGUUUUCGGGUAGUGAAAAUAGGUUCAGUGGAUCAUUGCCCGGAAGUAUAGUGAAUUUGAAAGAGCUUGGAAGUCUGGAUCUUCAUGGGAAUGCUCUUUCGGGUGAGCUACCCGAUGGGGUUAAUUCGUGGAAGAAAAUGAAUGAGCUAAAUUUGGCUAAUAAUGCUCUUUCCGGUAAGAUUCCGAAUGGAAUUGGAGGAAUGUCCGUGCUUAAUUAUCUUGAUUUGUCAAAUAAUAGGUUUUCGGGGAAAAUUCCAAUUGGUUUGCAGAAUUUGAAGUUAAAUCAGCUUAAUUUAUCGAAUAAUAGGUUGUCAGGAGGGAUUCCACCCUUGUUUGCGAAGGAGAUGUACAAGAGUAGUUUUAUUGGGAAUCCUGGUUUGUGUGGUGAUAUCGAGGGUUUGUGUGAUGGGAGGGGUGGCGGGAGAGGUAGAGGUUAUGCUUGGUUGAUGAGGUCUAUUUUCGUACUUUCUGUGUUAGUUCUUAUUGUUGGCGUGGUUGGGUUUAUUUUGAAGUAUAGGAAUUUCAAGAAAGCAAGAACUGUUGAUAAGUCGAAAUGGACAUUGAUGUCGUUUCACAAACUGGGCUUUAGUGAAUAUGAGAUCUUGGAUUGUCUUGAUGAGGAUAAUGUCAUAGGGAGUGGAUCAUCGGGGAAAGUUUACAAGGUCGUGCUUAGUAACGGCGAGGCCGUCGCAGUGAAGAAGCUCUGGGGAGGAGUGAAAAAGCAGAGCGAUGAUGUUGAUGUUGAGAAAGGCCAGGUGAUUCAAGAUGAUGGUUUUGAUGCAGAGGUUGCUACUCUGGGUAAGAUUAGACACAAGAACAUCGUUAAGCUAUGGUGUUGCUGUACUACUAGAGACUGCAAGCUUUUAGUGUAUGAGUAUAUGCCAAAUGGUAGCUUGGGCGACUUGUUGCAUAGCAGUAAGGGAGGUUUGUUGGAUUGGCUGACAAGGUACAAGAUUGUUGUUGAUGCAGCUGAGGGACUUUCUUAUUUGCACCAUGAUUGUGUUCCUCCGAUUGUGCAUAGAGAUGUGAAAUCCAACAAUAUAUUACUGGAUGGUGACUUUGGAGCUCGGGUUGCUGAUUUUGGUGUAGCCAAGGUGGUCGAUUCGACCGGAAAGCCUAAAUCCAUGUCCGUCAUUGCAGGGUCCUGUGGUUACAUUGCUCCAGAAUAUGCGUACACCCUGCGAGUGAACGAGAAGAGUGACAUCUACAGCUUUGGUGUGGUUAUUCUCGAGUUGGUAACCGGUAAACGCCCAGUUGAUCCAGAGUACGGGGAAAAGGACUUGGUCAAGUGGGUAUGCACCACUUUAGAUCAGAAAGGAGUGGACCAUGUUAUUGACCCAAAACUUGAUUCUUGUUUCAAGGAAGCGAUAUGCAAAGUCCUCAACAUUGGCAUCCUCUGCACCAGUCCCCUUCCCAUUAACCGCCCAUCUAUGAGAAGGGUGGUGAAAACGCUGCAAGAAAUUGGGGCAGAUAAUCUGUCCAAGACUGCUAAAAAAGAUGGCAAGUUGACGCCUUAUUACUAUGAAGAUGCCUCACAUCCUGGGAGUGUAGCUUGA